AUGAAGGGAUACGGUGGCAAUGCACCCGGAGGAUUCGCAGAGUAUUGCCUGUAUCCGGCCCGACAGGUCAUUCCGAUAGGCGACCUACCUGCUCUGGAGGCCGUGCUGAUCGAGCCAUGUGCCUGUGCGGCUCAUGGCAUCGAGCGUAUGCAGCCGAAGAUUGGCAGUACGGUCCUGCUAUUCGGUUGUGGACCAACUGGCAUGCUCUUAGCUCAGCUGCUUCGGCAGAACGGCACAGCAAACUUGACCAUUGCCUCCAAAGCCGGCCCCAAGCUCGACCUAGCAAAGAAGCUAAACCUCGCAGACUCCUUCAUCACAGUCUCCGACGACAACGCAAAGAUCGACAUGGAUAAGCUCAGAUCCGCACAUCCUCACGGCUUCGACAUGGUAGUAGAAGCCACCGGCGCGCCCUCAGUCCUCGAACAAUCCAUCCACUACGUCCGCAAAGGCGGGACACUAGUCGUCUACGGCGUCUACGACGACCACGCAAAGAUCGCUUGGCCACCCAUGUUGAUAUGGAAGAAUGAGAUCACGAUUUUGGCGAGUUUCUGCAGUACGCUGAAGUUUCCCGUCGUGAUGGAGUAUUUGAGGACGAAGAGAUUGGAUUUUACGGGGCUUGUGAACAAGACUUAUCGGAUUGAGGAAUGGGGUGAGGCGUUGGAGGCGGUGGCCAAGCAGCAGGUCGUCAAGGCUGCUAUUGUAUUUGAUUGA